AUGAUGGAUCCGAAGAUCCUUCACAAGGUGAAGCCGUUCGACGGCCAAAGGUCAAGCUGGAAGACGUUCAGCUUCCAGUACAGAGCGUACCUGAUCGCCCAGGAUCGGAGGUACCGAGAUCUUCUGGAAAGGUGCGAGGACGGAGCCCAGGAGGUGGACAACGUCAACCUGGACCCGCAGGAGGAAGAACUCAGCACGCAGUUGUACUACGGCCUGGUCCUGGCCAUGCCCGAGGACUCGGUGGGCGAGCUGAUCGUGAGGAACAGCCCAGUAGGAGAAGGAGCCGAGUGUUGGAGGAAGCUUCAGAAGGAGUACAACCCGAGCGAGGCAGGCAACGUGCUGGCGAUGUGGACCAAGCUCACGGACACGAAGUUCGACACCAAGGAAGACGUGAUGGUGAGCAUCAGCAAGCUGGACGAGGACAUGGCGAGGUACCAGAAGAUGGCAGGAGAGCCCGUCUCGGACCUGAUCAAGCGCGGCAUCCUCACAAAGGCGCUGAAGGAUCACGACGAGCUCCAGAAGCACGUGUUUCGGAACAGCAGUCGGUUAAGUACGUACGAGCUUCUGAGAGCCGAGGUGGUGUCGGCGUUGGCGGCAGAGCGAGCGGUUCAGGACGACCCGAUGGAGAUCGGAGCGCUGAAGGGCGGAAAGAGACCGUGGAAAGGCCGCGGCAAAGGGAAAGACGGAAAAGGCAAGGAGAAGCCACCGAAUCCCGACGCCGAGAUCGAGUGCCACUACUGCCACAAGACGGGUCACAAGAAGCGCAGCCACACGAUCGACUGGAAGUACUGCUUGCCUAGCUACUACCAAUAUGUGUGCUGCUCUUGCAAGAAGACCUUUGAAGGACGGCGAUGGCACUACGAUCAGUGGAAGCUGGACUACUGUGCCGUGUGUGCCGAGUACUGCCUGGACGGCCUCAAGGACGGGGAAGAGACAGACGACGACAAGAAGCCAAAGAAGCGCAAGAAAGGUGCGCAGAUCAGUGCGAUACCGAGGUCACAGGUGACCAAGCACAACUACACGCCGACGGACAGCAACGUUGUCGGCUUGAAGGGCAUAGGAGGCGAGGAGAUCGAGAGGUACGGCCACGUGGUCACUGGAUCAUCAACGGUACCAUCGAGCCACCUGAUGGAGCUGAGUUCGUACCUCUACGUCGUCACCAAGGAACCAGCUGAUGAGAACAAGAUCCCGAAGGUGGUGUUCGACAUCUUUUACGUAGGGACGGACCAGCUGGCUGCGAAGUACAAGCUUAAAGGAGGUUACUUCAGCAUCAGGGAGAAGACGUCGGUCACGAAGGCCGAGUUAGACCAAGCGGUCUCUGUCUUGAAUGUUAUCGACUGUAAGAUCUUGGCUCAGGCGACGUUGUACGCGAACAAGGAGACGGAUGACUACAAGGUGUCCUUCCUGCUAGGCGUGCUGGAAGCUUGGGGUCACACAACAGUCAUACUUCAGACAGACCAGGAGCCUGCCACCAUGGCUCUGGCGCAGGCAGUUCGAGAUCGCAGAUCACACUCAACCUUGGUGCGGGGAUCACCGCCCUUUUCCAAGCAGAGUGCAGGCUACGCUGAAGGAGGUAACAAGCUAGCAGCUGGUCUACUUCGAGCCUACAAGCUGAAGCUGGAGCACAAGCUGGGCAGCGAGAUCAAGAUGACGGAUCCGAUCGUGCCAUGGCUUGUGAACUCAGUGGGGUGGAUGAUCACCAGAUUCCAGCCUCGCAGUCACGGAGGUUCCUCCUACAAGAUGCUCUACGGCAAAGAGUACAACGGCGAGAUUGCGGAGAUGGGUGAGCAGGUCUGGUAUCGGAUCUCAGCCCGAGUUGCCGCGGGACGUGGCAAAUGGGAAGCCCGCUUCGCAAAAGGAAUCUGGGUUGGUAAGAGCGAGCUGGACGACACACAUCUCGUGAUCGAUCCUGAACGUGGAGUGCAGAAGGUGAGAACGGUGCGAAGGAUGCCUGAGGAGUUCAGGUGGCAGCCCGAGCUCAUCCAGCACAUCAGGGUGACGCCCUGGAAGCAGACGCCCGACAAGAGUUCAGGAACGAUCGGACGCAGCAUGUACAUCACGGAGCGCAUGAUCGAUGCUCAUGGUCCUACCGACGAUUGCAGGAAGUGCAGUACAGGAUACGGUUCGCAUUCGGCAGCCUGCCGACAGCGUUUCGAGACCAUUCAGGCCGACUUGCUGCGCGAGAAGUUGGCGAAGGACCCUGUGGCCCCUGAGGCUACAGUCGUGGUGCCAGCGCCGGCUGCGGGAAGCCCCGCGCCUGGAGCGACUUUCGGCGAAGCGCCCCAGGUGAAGUUCGUGAAGGAGCUGAGGAGCCACUUCGGAGAUCCUGAGGAGCAGCAGGUGGAGCAGAUGGUUGAGGUGAGCGCCGAGCUGCAUGAGAAAGACCAGUGGAGCCCAAAGACGAUACACUACGAUUACUACACUGGAGAGCCUCUGGAUGAGGACCUGUAUCAGAAGGGUCGCGACGACGAGCUGCAGGCCAUGAAGGACUAUGGGGUCUACGUGGAAGUGGCGACAUCGACGGCGACCGACGGCAAGCACAUUGGAGGGUUCCCGAUAGCCCACAUGAAAGAAGGAAAGGUCAGGUGGAGGUUCGUAGCAACCGAGGUGAACAAGUACGAGGUCAGGGAGGACAACCACCAAGGCACGCCCCCGCUCAUGAUCGUCAGAGCGACGCUGAGCCGUGCCGCUUCAAGUCCAACUUCCAGCGGGCAGCACCUGCGGAAGAUACAAGUCUGGGACGUCAGGAAGGCUUUCUUCAACGCUGACUUAGACGAGACGAUCUACGUGCAUCCUGGGAGAGAGCUGUGUCCGCCUGGAAGGUGCUGGUGGUUACGCAAGGCCAUGAACGGUACCAGGAAGGCGUCGCAGAUGUGGGGUGAGCUUGUGAGAACUACUAUGGACGACGGCCAUUGGGAAUGCUUGGUUGGAACUCCUAACGUGUUCUACUUACCUGCUAGCCCCAACACAGCCCCCUUCGACGAGGAUAGCACAGCGAUCUGCCAUGGCGAUGACUUUCUUGCUGAAGGCUACGACGAGCAGCUGGACGAGCUGGACGAGUUGUUGAAGCAGCAGUUUGAGGUCACGGCCAGCGCCAGACUUGGACCAGGAGCGGUGGGGCAGACUACAUACCUCAAGAGGACGAUCGGCUACACCGACAAGUUGCCAGGUUGCGAGGAGCCAGGUUUCUUCUGGACUGCCGAUCCCAAGCAUGUGGACUUCAUGAUCAAGUGGACGCAGAAGCGAGGACUUCAGUGUAAGACGUACCUGAUCGAGACCCAGAGGCCCUGCAACCUGAAGAUCUAUAGUGACAGCACAGCUGGACGUGGCAUGUGCAGUCGAGUUGGGGUGGGCAAGGUCAGGCACCUGGAGUUGAGGUACUUGUGGAUUCAGGAGCGGUUGCGUCUCAAGGCGUUCGAGCUGCACAAGGAGGACACCAGCAAGAUGACAGCCGACAUGCUCACGAAGUACAGCGAGUGGCCGACAAUCGAGAAGCAUUGCACCACUCUCAACCUCAGGUUCGGAAAGCAGUUGAAGGGCUUGAGCGCAAUGGCAGUUUUCACGGAGGUCGUGACGCAGGCGUCAGGCGAGAAGGUGACAGUGUACGGAGGUUCUGACGAGGUUGCGGUUUGCCCCGCGCCUGUCAGCCACUACGUGGACAGCGAGGAGUUCUGGUUCUUCCUGAAGUUGGGACUAGUUGUGGUGACUGCAGCCAGUGCUUUCUUACUGGGGUGCUGGUGUGGUUGUUACUUCAAGGACUUCUACGACAAGUUCCUCCUCCAGGGUGCGGUUGACCCCGCCUCUGGAAGCACGUGUAUACCAUCUGCGCGGGCUGAGGCCGAGUUCAAGACCGUGUGUGUACAGCAGGACAAAGGAGCAAGGCACAAGCUCUUAAGCACGUUUCUUGUAGCUGAGCUGCGAGCUGUCUUGAAGGCCAAGAGCCUGGCCGUGUCAGGGAUCAAGGAGGACCUGGUCACGAGGAUGAUCAAGCACGGAUGCGUUCUGUCGGAUCGCCAGGCCAAGGAGAUCGAGCAGCUGCGAGUGAUGGCUACAGCGCGAGGACCUCUUACCAAGCUCAGCUUGCAGGACAUCAGCAGUCCAGAGGCCGCGCAGAAGUGGAUCGAGACGUUCAAGAGCGAGUGCGGAGACCGUUCCAGAGGCUCUCAGGUGAUCCACGGAGAGGGCUAG